AUGAGCAAGGAGUUAGCAACAAUGGGACGUGGAGCUUCAAAGGGUGGAGUUAGAGCUGAUCCAGCGCCAAACUCAUUACUGAGUUCUGAAGUCAGCCUGCACGUCUAUGACAUUGUGGUGGUGGGCAUCUACUUUGUCUUCAUCAUUGCUGUGGGAAUCUGGUCAUCCAUCCGUGCAAGCUGAGGGACCAUUGGAGGCUAUUUCCUGGCUGGGAAGUUGAUGAGCUGGUGGCCAAUUGGAGCAUCUCCGAUGUCCAGCAAUGUUGGCAGUGGCUUGUUCAUUGGCCUGCUGGAGGCCUUGCUGUUAGAGGCUUCGAGUGGAUCUGCUGGAGGCCUUGCUGUUAGAGGCUUCGAGUGGAUUGUAACCUUCCUGCUCCUGGCCCUAGGCUGGAUCUUUGUCCCCGUGUAUAUUGCAGCUGGUGUGGUUACAAUGCCACAGUACCUGAAGAAGCGAUUUGGGGGCCAGAGGAUCCAGGUGUACAUGUCAGUCCUGUCUCUCAUACUCUACAUCUUCACCAAGAUAUCUACUGACAUCUUCUCUGGAGCCCUCUUCAUCCAGUUGGCCUUGGGCUGGAACCUCUAUCUUUCCACAGUGAUCUUGCUGGUGUUGACAGCUGUCUACACCAUAGCAGGGGGUCUCACAGCCGUGAUCUAUACAGAUGCUCUACAGACUGUUAUCACGGUGGGAGGAGCCCUGGUCCUCAUGUUUCUGGGGUUUCAGGAAGUGGGCUGGUAUCCAGGCUUGCAGCAGCUAUACAAGCAGGACAUCCCUAAUGCCACAGUCCCCAAUACCACCUCCCAUCUCCCAAGACCUGACUCCUUCCACAUGUUUCGUGACCCUGUGAAUGGAGAUAUCCCUUGGCCAGGUCUCAUUUUUGGGCUCACAGUCUUGGCCACAUGGUGUUUGCGGGGUCUAAUGAUUGCUGUCAUCAUGGCUGCCCUCAUGAGCUCACUCACCUCCAUCUUCAACAGCAGCAGUACCCUCUUUGCCAUUGAUGUGUGGCAGCGCUUCUGCAAGCAGGCAACAGAGCAAGAACUGAUGGUAGUAGGCAGGAUGUUUGUGGUAUUUCUGGUGGUCAUCAGCAUCCUCUGGAUCCCUAUAAUUCAGAGCUCCAACAGUGGGCAGCUCUUUGACUACAUCCAGUCUGUCACCAGCUACUUGGCCCCACCUAUCACUGCCCUUUUCUUACUGGCCAUCUUCUGCAAAAGGAUCACAGAGCCUGGCGCUUUCUGGGGCCUCAUGUUUGGCCUGGGAGUAGGCCUGCCCUACUCAUACCCUGCCCCAGCAUGCGGGGAGAUGGACAGGAGGCCAGCUGUUCUGAAAGACUUUCACUACCUGUACUUUGCUCUCCUUCUCUGUGGACUUACUGCCGUUGUUAUUGUCACAGUCAGCCUCUGCACAGUCUCCAUUCCUGAAGAAAAGCUUGCUCGCCUGACCUGGUGGACACGUAACUGUCCCCUGUCUGAGCUGGAGAAGGAGACCUGUGUGAGUGUGAAGGAGGAGAAGGACAGCACUCCAGAGCUGGCAGACAGCCCAGCUGGGGGAUGCCCUGAAGAAGGUGGAGCAACAGCAAACUUCAGCCAGGAGCCUGAACAACUAGGAGGUUCACACGGGUCCUGGGGAAAAUGGCUCUGGGCCUGGUUCUGUGGGAUCUCUGAGGCCCAACAGCAAGCCCUGAGCUCAGGAGAGAAGGCUGUGCUGGAACAGAAGCUGACCAGCAUUGCGGAGGAACCACUUUGGAGAAACAUCUGCAACAUCAAUGCCAUCUUUCUGCUGGCCAUCAACAUCUUCUUCUGGGGCUAUUUUGCUUGA